AUGGUUGUUAUUCCUAUUCGGACUACUCUUCUAAAGGAAGGCUGGAAAUAUCUGAUUGAAGGGGUCUUGAUUAGGAACAAUCGGUUAUCCUGCACCAUUUGGGGUGAGCAGGUUGAUGAGUUUAGCAACGUCCUGGAUACUGAAAAUCCAGAACCAGCCAUAUUAUUACUUCAGAUGUGUCGCGCUAAAAAGUUUAGAGGUGAGGUGAGGAUAUGUAACACAUAUUAUGUGACGAAAUUAUGUGUCAACACCCAACUUGCGGAAGUUCAGACUUUUCGAGAUAAGUUGUUAUCUGCACACAAGAGUCUAACCCAGAGGAUAAGUCAGAUAUCCUCGAGUUCUGUUUAUGAUGUGUCAGAUAACUCAGCAGGUGGAGGUUACGAUGUCAAGAGUAUUGAUCAACUACUAGAUUCGUCUGAGUUUACUGUCACAGAAGAAAUGGUGAUGAGAAUAUACCGUGCCAAAGGAGAUAUUGAACGAGGGUUAACCAUUGAAGCCAGGUUCACUGUCCGAGGAAAAAUAGAGAUGAGAAUACUUUGA